UUACUAGCAGAAUCUAUAUCUUUUACUGUAAUGAAAGUUCUGUUUGAAUGAAAUCUCACGAAAUGAGAAAUUAUUCAAAUCAAUUAAAUGUAAGUUAGGAAAAUAGGAAAAUUAUAUCGCAGAGAUUUCCUUUUCAUAGAACAAAUGAUAUGUCAUCGAUCACACUGACAAGAAAAUUUUCGACAGAUCAAGUUAUCAUGGGUCCUGCCUGAUUUCUAAAACUCUUCAUUUGUUAAAAAAUUCAAUUUUACUAGAAAAUGGUGAUUGCGUUAACAAUAUAUUGAAUUAUCUAAAAUUAAUUUUUCAUAUUGUUGAGCAAUAUGAGUCGCCAUGAAGGUGUAAGUUGUGAUUCUUGUUUGAAAGGUAACUUCAGGGGUAGAAGGUAUAAGUGCUUAAUAUGCUACGAUUACGACUUAUGCUCCGCUUGUUAUGAAGCUGGGGCUACUAAUACAAGGCAUACUACUGAUCAUCCUAUGCAGUGUAUUUUAACAAGAGCUGACUUCGAGCUUUAUUAUGGUGGUGAAGCUCUAUCGAAUGUGGACAUGCCACAAUCGUAUACCUGCCCGUACUGUUGCCGGAUGGGGUUUACUGAUAUUACUCUUCAAGAGCAUGUAUCAGCUGAACAUGCCGAGAAUAGCUUUGAAGUGGUCUGCCCAUUAUGCGCAGCUAUACCCGGUGGAGAGCCAAACUUAAUGACUGAUGAUUUUGCUGGUCAUCUAACUCUGGAGCAUCGUACCGGUCCUAGGGACUUAAUCUCAUUUUUAGAUGAACCUGUGGCUAAUCGUCACAAUAUGAGACGUAUACCUCACUCUAGCCAUUCAGGAUCCCACAUGGGAAGGGGCUCUGGAACUCUUCGUCCUCGUAGAACAAAUAUGCAUUUCAGUGUCUUCAACUCCAGUGGGGGUCUUCCAUCUCUUUCUCCAUCGUCCAGAGAAUCUGUGGAUCCGAUAGCCGAGCUUCUGUCCCAGUUAUCGGGAGUUCGCAGAUCAGCAGGUAAUAGCAAUACUAGCACACCCACACAGCUUCAACAAUUACAAAUGCAACUUCAAUUAGAACGCCAGCAAGUCAAUGCAGCCAGGCAGCAACUUGACCGUUAUCCUAGACGUUUGACUCAGAGUCAGAAUGCUCUUCGAGAACCUCAGGCCUCAUCCAGCUCUGGCACGUGCACUCUGAUGCUUCACUCUACCCCUGUACUUGUUCAACCCACCCCUACCACAACAACCAGUGUUACACCAUCUUCCCAGUUUCUACUGUCUGGAUUACUUGAGGAAUUGUCACUUCAGCAAAACAAUGAGCAGGCCAGACAGGACCGUAGUCAAUUUGUGCAAGAAUUAGUUAUGUCCGCCUUUUGGGUUCCUGAAAGUAAUCAGAAUGAGAGAAGUGAACAUGGACCAUCUGGCGAUGCCUCAGGUGGUGCGGAAACCAUUGAGCUUCGCAGGUUCACUCCCACUUUGAGAGGAAGAGCUAGGUCUGAUAUUCAUAAUGCCAGCCGUAGGGCUGAAGCGAAUAAGUCCAAAAAAGACCAAGGAGAAGACAAUAGUGGUAGAUAGUUUUUUUUUUUUAGUUAACAGUGCAGACGAUCUGCCCUAUGUUUUGUUCUAAAUUAUUUCUUUCAAUUUUUGUGAUAAUAAUUACUUUUCAUGAUUAGUUCUUUCACGUUUUAGUGUAUCAUGUGUUUGAUAAACUCGUGAUACGUGUCGUUCGUUGAAUUUCUGUUUGGCAAUAAGGCCCAUAUUCAUUACUCUUGAAUUAAAAUAUUUAACAGGGUUAUAUUUUAUAUCUUAAUUCUCAUUAAUUGAUUAUAUGAAUAUGUGCCUAUUCGAAAUAAAAUUACAUGCAUUUAAAUGGAAUUUAUCUUCACUUCUCUCGGGAGAAUGCCAUAGCUGUUUAGCAUUCUAUGAAAUAUUUUAAUAUAGUAUUAUUAUUUUUUUCUAGUCUGAAUAUAUAAUUAACAUCCUGCCCUGGAAUUUCGUUCAUUGAGUUAAAAUGACAAUUCGUUCAAUAUUUUUAUAUUUAGGAUUUUUUUUUGAAAUUGUGGUGCUUGAAUACAAAGUAAUAAAGU